AUGUUCAACAUUAGUGGAUUUAUCGACCAGGCGAUGAGCAAGCUGGGCGCUCUCGAUGAAGCCAUCAACCGUUCUACCUUCGGUCGAGUUUUCCGUUUGGAUGGCUGUGGCCAUGAAAAAGCCAUUCGCGGCGCCUCCUUCUUCCGAGAGAUUCGGGCUGGUUUGACCACCUUCGCCACUAUGGCUUACAUCGUUGCCGUCAAUGCCGCUGUUCUUGCGGACUCUGGUGGCACAUGUGAGUGCCCACUUGAAUCCGAGCCCGGCUGCCCAGGCGAUCUCGCCUAUGCCAGUUGCCAGACAGAACUUAAGCGAGAUCUCAUCACAGCCACUGCGGCUCUUGCUGGUCUAUCCAGUAUUGUUUUCGGCUUCCUCACGAAUCUCCCUGUUGCACUUGGACCAGGCAUGGGCCUCAAUGCCUAUUUUACCUACCAGGUCGUCGGCUGGCAUGGUACGGGCGAGGUCCCUUAUAAAAUUGCCCUUACUGCUAUUUUUGUUGAAGGAUUUAUUUUCAUCUUCCUAGCCCUCACCGGAAUGCGACAGUGGCUUGUCCGAAUGAUUCCAGCUACUAUCAAGACGGCUUGUGGUGUUGGUAUCGGUUUGUUCCUUACCGAGAUUGGUCUGUCCUACUCGGCUGGCAUUGGUGCUAUUACUGGGGGCUUUUCUACCCCCUUAGCAAUUGGUGGAUGCCCUGCAGAGUAUCUUGACGAGAAGGGUGAAUGCACCAGCCAUAUCAUGACGAACCCAGGCAUGUGGAUUGGUAUUUUCCUCGGUGGCAUUUUUGUUGCCUUCUUGAUGGCCUUCAAGGUCAAGAGUGCCAUUGUCAUUGGUAUUGGAAUCGUGUCUAUCAUGUCCUGGCCUCGCAACACCCCAUUCACUUAUUUCCCUUACACGGAAGCUGGUGAGGAGCGCUUCGCCUUCUUCAGACAAGUUGUCGCAUUCCACCCAAUCCAGUCCGUCCUAAAUGUUCAAGAUUGGGAUCUUCGAGGAACUAGUGGUGCUCAGUUCGCUCUUGCGCUCAUUACCUUUCUCUAUGUCGAUAUCAUCGAUUGUACUGCGACUCUAUACUCAAUGGCCAAGUUUUGUGGCGUUGUGAGAGAUGAUGGUGACUUUCCUCGCUCGACCAUUGCCUACUGCACUGAUGCGAUCAUGAUCUCAAUCGGUUCUCUGUUCGGAUGUUCGCCCGUUACUGCAUUCAUUGAAAGUGGUGCAGGCAUUGCCGAAGGUGGCCGAACUGGAUUGACUGCGAUCUCAACUGGUGUUUGCUUCUUGAUUUGUCUCUUCUUCGCCCCGAUUCUUGCCUCUGUUCCACCUUGGGCUACGGGAUCGACCCUCGUUUUGGUUGGCUGCUUGAUGAUCCGUCAGGUUAUCAACAUCAACUGGCAGUACAUUGGUGAUGCCGUCCCAUCCUUUGUCACACUGGCAUUCAUGCCUUUUAGCUACAGCGUUGCCUACGGCCUCAUUGCGGGCAUGAUGGUCUAUGUCGUUCUUAACACCAUGAUCUGGGUUGUUGUACAACUUACCGGUGGCAGAGUCACCCCAUCGAAUUGGCAGGAAAAGGAAGUCUAUGAUUGGGGUCUCGGCGCGAGGGACCUCCCCGGAUGGCUGAAGGGACUGAAGAAAAUGAUGCCCGACCAUCUUCAGGCGAGCAUUCGAAAGGAUGGAGUGGAACUGGUUGACAAUGAUAGCGCCAUGAAUGCCGCCACUGAUUCCAGCUCGCGAGGCAAUUCGGCCGAGGACAAGGGUGAGGUGCAUGUCCUGGAGAGCCACGCCCGAUCUCAGUUCCGCCCUCAGCCUCGAGGACGCGAACACGAUCUACCCUCCCUUGACUAA